UUUGAUUUGCAUAUCUCAGAGUAUAAUAACUGUUCUUCAGCCCUCCGAUUUCAGUCCACAGCUGCAUCCAGCAACACUUUGUUUCAUCGUACGACUGUAAAACUCUGAUCCUGCAGAUAUGGAUGACAAACCAAAUCUGGCUGAAGUCACGAACUUCGACAAGACCAAGCUGAAGAAGACGGAGACUCAAGAGAAAAACCCCUUGCCCACAAAAGAAACCAUUGAACAGGAAAAGCAAGCUGAAUCAUGAAAGCGCAUCUUCCAAUAUGCACUGUACAUUCCACAAGCAUUGCCUUCUUUUUUUUCACUUCUUUUAGCUCUAUAACUUUGUAACAGAAAGUAAGUUGCAUUGUGAUGAUUGGACGAAAACAGAUGAUGGUGCUGCCCCCUUUUUACAACAAUUAAUGAAAACAACUGACACUGUCACGUUGGAGGAGCUGUCUGUCCGUCAUACCUGUCUUGGCUUUCUUUGGUCCUGUUGCUGGCACUAAAGACCUUGCAUGUCAAUGAGGGAAAAACAAGGGUGUGACCACAGGGAUCUCAUUUAACAUCUCAAUACAAUAAGAGGUCCUGUGAUCUGUAAAAUGCUUUGAAUUGGGUGCCAUUUUUUGUUGUUGAAAUGAUUUGAAUUUUUGGAAUGCACACAAUUUUGUUUUGAUAUGCAAAUAAAAUUUUAAAACAUGUAA